AUGCCACAAAUCUCCCAGAAUGGUCACGCUGCGCAGAUGUCUGCACCUAUCAAGAUGCGAGAAUUGGGCUCGCUGUUAGACUCUAGCCAGCUCAGCACGUCGCCGAGGCGUCUAAAGACGUGGAAGGAUCUGUCUGAUAGAAGACCAUUACCUCUGCGAUUCCUCCUCUUGCCAUCCAAUCGACCCGGAGGCAAGCUCUGUCCCUCACUCUGCGUCCACAUAAACGGUCAUGUCAUCGUACGGUGAGCAAUUCAUUGGAGAAGCUGUCGCGCGACGGAGAUGGUCCCGACUUGAGCCAGACGAAAGUGGAAGCAGUAGAUCUACGAGGAUCAGAAGCUGGGCAUGAAUGCGAGAGGACUGCUCCAUCCCAUCCGUCUUGGCAAUCUGUACGCUCACCGCUCACUCUCUUCAUCUUUUUGCCAUCCACCGCUCAGCAUCAUGGAUCCUGAGCACUCUGAGCCAUUCGUGUCCCUCGCCGCCAUACUUCAUAGUGCAGGUCUCACAGUCGCAGAGGGUCUGCUUCGAUUUGGAUUGCGCCGUGAUCGUAUGGAUUUCGACAUGACGCUGGCUGGACUAGAGCCGUGGGAUGAGAUCUGGGUGAGCAACGCGGUCUCAAAAUCUCCGACAAGCGGCUAAGCUCGCUCCUGCGUGACUCAAUGGCCUACAGGUUCCACUUGCUACUGCUCGUCGCGUAGCAGAAAGCCUCAACAUUCUCGAACCUUUGGCAUCCCUUCUGAGCUGGUCUACAAGGCAUGUCUGGUCCUUGGAUGAAGGCAGCAGCGGUCUAGUGCACAAGUGAGUUUUCAAAUUAGCUACGUGACAGGCAAGCUCUAUGCUCAUGCAGAGCCUUGCGACGCAGCUGGAGAGUUCCAUCCAGCGUGCUGGAUCCAGGCACCUAUUCUACCGCUUCACUCACCGCCAGCGAAUUUGCAGUGGUAGAGCCUUUGGCAGCAGGUCAAAUGAUCCGCACGCUCGUUUCGCCCGAGCAAAGGCGAUCGGCUAUGCUCAAUUACAAUCCUCCUCGUUCGGCGGAGCCAGUCACUCUUCGUCAAGCUGAUGCGCGAGCUGUCAAUCAGCAACUCGUGCGCUGGAGUGUACAGCGACUCGAGACCUUUCUGAGCGCACAAGAGGAAGACGGACAAUCAAUUAAGGCGCCGGAAAUGAGGGGGGAUACCUUGGAUGCAGAAGAGAUAGCACACAAGUGGUGAGUGUGUGCCGAGGGCACAUGCACGAAACCCAGCUACUUGUUCCCUGGGUAUGUCCCUGAUACGCUAAAUGCUACCUUUCAUCAGCGUCGCCGUCAGGUUGCUGGCCUCGCUCGUGCAGGGAACCUCUUUGCGGGGAAAAGAGCCUUUAUCGGUUUGUGGUAGUCACAUUAUUCUGUUGCCGGAAGAGCUGCUGGGCCACAAUGGCUCCGCGCUAGAGAGAAAAGGCAAAGCUACAAGAACGAAGAUUCUGGAUGGCAGAUCCCGUCGUGUAUGGAUAGCCAAGCUGGACUUGGCCCUGGCUUGUUUAGUGGAUGAGCUCUCCUUGCAGAGGGGCAAGCAUGAACCAAAUCUCGUCUCCGAGCCCGACUACGACGAAGCUCCUGGGCAAUCAGCCACCCGUGCAAAUAUGGACGGAGCUGAAUCGUCUCAGUUGAACCGCAUCGAGGCAGCUCUGACUCGAUUGGAGAGCCGUGGAAUGUAUGGCGGGACAGAGAAGCAAGAGGAUGAUUCGCCUGACGCUACUCACGAUUCAUCCAGUCAGAGAGCUGCACGAUUUGCCCCCCUUUCCCCUGUCGGCGGCAUUAUAAACGGUGCGCUAGGUCUUCGACUUGGCGCUACUUCGCCACAAAGCGACAGGUCUACGUUUGUGGGACACAGCAAAGACGACCAUGCUUCUAUGCUAACGAUGGGUACCGACGGAAUAUCGGCUACCAGUCGUACUGGCAUAGCGCCAGGGAUCGUCUCGAAUGAGAGUAUUGCUGUGCUCCUUGUCGUCCUCAUUUGCGCCGUUCUCUGGCCAAGGGAGUGA